AUGACUCCAGUCCCACGGGAAUCCUGCGUGGAGCCGAGUGAUGAAAGUCGAAUUGGAGAGGAGAAGGAGACCCACAAUGAUGUUGAACUCUGCUUCCCACAGCUCCUGAACGCCUCCUGCACCAGGCCGAAGCGUCCACACUCUGAGGUCAUACUGACUGAACUUGUACUGUCCUGCAUCACUCUGCUCACCGCAACUCUUAACAUGAUGGUUAUCAUCUCCAUCUCACUUCUCAAGCAGCUUCACACCCCCACCAACCUCCUCCUCCUCUCUCUGGCAGUCUCAGAUUUCUUCGUGGGGUUCCUCAUUGCCUUACAAAUAACAUAUAUAGACGGCUGCUGGCCCUCGAACGACUUCAUGUGUAGUCUGUUUUAUGUUAUAGAGUGUAGCAUUACUUCUGCAUCAGUAGGGAACAUGGUGCUCAUAUCACUUGACCGCUAUGUGGCUAUUUGUGAUCCUAUGCAUUACUCCACCAAAGUCACACCAAAAAGAGUUAAAGUUUGUGUUUGUCUGUGUUGGACAUCUUCUAUAAUCUUUCAGACUCUGUUGCUGAGGGAUAACUUGGAACAACCAGGUAAACAUGUUUCUUGCCAUGGAGAGUGCGUGGUUGUCAGUAACAGCAUCGCAGCAGCUGCUGAUGUUAUAUUUACCUUUAUCUGUCCCAUCACUGUCAUUGUAGUUCUGUAUGUCAGAGUAUUUGCGGUGGCUGUGUCUCAGGCUCGUGCCAUGCGGGCUCAUAUUGUCACACUUCAGGGUUCAGUGAAAGUAACAGCAAAGAAAUCUGAAAUUAAAGCAGCCAGGACUCUUGGUGUUGUUGUAGUUGUGUUUCUGAUCUGUAUCUGCCCAUACUACUGCGUUUUUCUUUCAAGCAACGUGCACAACGCUUUGUCUGUCGCCUUUGUAGUGUGUCUGUUCUACUUUAACUCCUGUCUAAACCCUGUGAUCUAUGCCUUUUUCUACCCCUGGUUCAGAAAAUGUCUCAGACUUAUUUUUACACUUGAGAUACUGAAGCCUGGCUCCCGUGAGGCCAACAUACUGUAA